AUGGUGACGCGAAUGCGUUGUCGCAAUGUUCUACUCUGUUACGCCCUUCUGGACCCGUAUCAUCAGGGAUAUAUUGAUGUCCAAGAAGCCUGCGACGCGAUUGGAAACAUCCACAAACAAGACAAAGAUGUGGCUGAAAUCCUUCUGGUGCAACUCCAAGACAUGAUUGCUUACGUGUCCCCCAGGGGUGUCAUUGAAAAGCAAGACUUCCUAGCUGAAAUUCUUCGUCGGGUCGAAUCAGAUCUGGCCGGGACGACGCCCUACUAUUGCCUGAGGGGUAGCUCGAAUCCGGUCUCGAACGCUUGGCAGCGAGGGCGUCCGUUCACCACUGUAAAGAACCGGAGUUUCUACCAGGGAGACUACGUGCCUAAAGGCGUCCAAAUGCAUCUAAAGCAAGCGGACGGGGACGUGGCUGAGUUUCAUCUGAGACGGCGAGGCGGUGGCGGCAUGACACUCCAGGAAGACAGGCCUUUCACACAGGCAAAACCACGGGCGCAGGGGACUUUAGAGGACCACAUUCAGCGGGGGCGACUACGACGGAUGCAGAAACUGAAGCAGAUCAAAGAUGAUAUCCUGAACAAGGAAAUGGCCGAGUGCACAUUUCAUCCGAAGACCACUCCACUUCCUCCAAUUACGAAACCUUUCCCGUCAAGAGAGACCAUGCGGAGAAUGAUCGAGCAACAACAGAAGGCGAAAAAACGAAGUCAGGUCUUCAUCGAGUACGACCCCACCGACACCGUAACCCACGAACUGGCGCUGCCUCCUGAACUGACCGAAAAGGAGAAGAAGUCGGUCCGAGAGGGCGGCAACGACUGGAGCCUGGCAGAACAGGAGCCGGAACGCGACGAGCUUUUCACGUGGGUCGUGCAUGCCGGAGAUCCGCCGACGAAGCCAAAAGCUGUGGAAGUUGCUUGGCGGGCUCGAGACCUUCCGAAAGUGCCAAGGGAAGCAGAGUUCGUAGCAGACGCACAAGACAGCACGCAGCUCCGGCCGACAGAUAUGCCGCAGACUGCACGACUGAGAACGCCAAUAAACGCGCAUGAAGAGCUUCCCUCGCGGCCAAGCGCGACCCCACGGAAGCCGACAGUGGAGGAAGUUCCGUGCGAACAGCCAGUCCAAGAUCCUGUUCCAUCUGAAGACGUCGUCAUCCAAGCACCGUAUCUCACUGAGAGGGAAUUUGAUUCACGAUUCGACGCAUUCGUCCCUGAAGCGUGGCAGACUCCUGCAGAAGACCCAGGAAUCCACGUACACGACAAUGAGGGUGACGGCCGUCUGAAUUUCAACUCACUCCCAGUGUACUACCGCCAGUCUUUGCAGCAGUUGUUUCGAGGCGGAGCCGUUGCAAAAGGUGGUCGGAGGCCCACACGAGAGGAGAGAGAGGCAAAGUUGAAAGAGUGCAUGAAGAUUCUUGAGGACGCUUGCUAA